UGAGGAGGAGGGGGAUAUGUGCGUAAAGAAAAGACCUUACGUCACGUGACCGCCCCUUACUCCCAAACCCAUCAUUUGAGGAAUAACGUAACAUAUUUGUGUGUUAGCUUUGAUAGAUCUGGCCUUUUCCUCUGAUGUGUUUUAAAGCAGAUUGAUCCAUAGGAUGCUAUUUAAACGACCGGAGGGAUUCUAGCGACAUUCUCGGACUAAACUGGAGUUUGGUUUAAAAGGCAGCUGAGAUUGACGUCUGUGUGUUUGCAAGUGGAGGAAAAUACUGACAGGUCAUCAUGGCAGAAAACAACUUCCCUCCCCUUCCUCGGUUCAUCCCCCUCAAGCCAUGUUUUUACCAAGACUUCAAUGAGAUCCCAGACCAGCGUCGCACCAUGUGCAAGAGGCUCUACUACCUCUGGAUCUUGAAUAGUGCCACACUGGCUGUUAAUCUGAUUGGCUGCCUGGCGUGGAUGUGUGGAGGUGGCGGAGCGACCAACUUCGGCAUGGCCAUCCUGUGGCUGAUCCUCUUCACGCCCUGCUCCUACGUGUGCUGGUUCAGGCCCAUCUACAAGGCCUUCAAGACCGACAGCUCUUUCAACUUCAUGGCUUUCUUCUUCGUCUUCAUGGCCCAGGUGGUGAUCAGUAUUAUCCAGACGGUCGGCAUUCCUGGCUGGGGAGUGUGUGGCUGGCUGGCUACCAUCACCUUCUUUAGCACCAACAUCGGCUCAGCUGUGGUCAUGCUGAUUCCCACCAUCAUGUUCACUGCGGUGGCUGUGCUCUCCUUCAUUGCCCUCACAAAGGUUCAUAACUUCUACCGUGGCAGUGGUGGCAGCCUGGGAAAGGCCCAAGAGGAGUGGGCCUCUGGAGCCUGGAAGAACCCCCACGUCCAGGAGGCGGCCCAGCAGGCGGCCAUGGGAGCCGCGCAGGGAGCCAUGCAGCAGAACCAGUACUCAGCAGCUCCCACUUACAACUACGACGACCCGAUGUAGGGCAGAGGAGGGGGCGAGGCUGCAGAGUGGGGGAGAUAAAAAGGGAUCAAUUAAGAACACAAUUCAGAAUUAGGUGCCCGUCGUUAUAACACUGUACAAGCUGAAUCCAACCAGAACAAUGUAGAGAAAAGUCUUUUGGUGGAAAUGUACUUUUAUUGCAUUCUGACACACGUGGGAUUUAAUAUUUUAAGUUGGUUCACAUUUAAAUCAACAGCCAGUUAUUUAAACUUUUUAAUCUCUUAUGCUGCUCAGUUUUAGCGGGUCAAUGUGCGUGUUGCUUUCAAAGGGAAACACAGCUCAAACUAAUCCCCUGAGCCUCAUCAGUUUAUUCAGGUAGGUUCAUCUGUGCUCAGUGACUCCUCAGCCUGUGUCACACUCUUAACAUCUUUUUAUGACUUUUUAUGUGCUUUUUUUAUUUGCCGUAGUAGCUAUGUCGUCAAAAGUUUACUUUCAUUAGCCUUGAAGGUCACCAAAAACUAAAAACAUUUGAUGUUCAGCUGACAAGUCUCUUUAUAGUUAUCAUUCAACUAUUUGAAAAAUGGGCUUAUUCGCUUUCUUGCUUGGAGUUGGAUUAGAAGAUUGACACCACUGUAACAUAUGAAAAUAGCACUAGCAGCUGGUUAGCUUAGCUUGGCAUAAAGACUGGAAAAAGGGGAAAACUUCAGUUAGCACGUGUGUAUACAGGGUUUUUCAAAUGUUAAAAAUAGAUGAUAGACUGCUUUUCCAUUGCCAGAAGACC